UCCUCAUCAAAAACAAACUCUUUUUUCUUUUUACUUCUUCUGUGUUUCAGAGUUUUGUUGUUUGUAUGUAAAGGAAAGAAAUGGGUUGAUAAUAAAUGAGAUUCAUUUCUAUGUUUACAUAUUAAUUCCCAUAUUUGUUUUUCUGAGCGAGUGAUUAAUAUUAUCAUUCCUUCAUAAGUCAAGAGGAGUUAAUGAGGAAUUUGUUUCUUUGAUAUUAAUGCUAACACAGAGAAAUUCUUUGCCAGAUCUCUUAGUACUACUCCCUCCCUGUUAAUCUUCAUUCUUCAUCAUCAUCAGAAAAAAAAGACACAUUUAUUGAUUCCUUUCUUUGUCAUCACAUUUUUUCUGCAAAAAAAUAGAGAGAGAUUUUAUCAUCUCUCUCAAUCUAUUGUUGAAUCUUCGUAAUGUCCGGACAUCUUGAUCGAUUUUCUCGACCUUGUUUUGAAGGCUCCUCUGGUAAUGAAGAAAGAAGAGAGAGGAGAUCUGAUUUUGAAAACUCUGAAGAUGAAAGGAGGACCAGAAUUGGUUCUUUGAAGAAGAAAGCACUAAAUGCAUCAACUAAGUUCAAGCAUUCUCUUAAGAAGAAAGGAACUAGGAGGAAAAGUGAUAGUCGAGUUAUUUCAAUCGAGGAUGUUCGGGAUGUUGAGGAGUUACAGGCUGUUGAUGCUUUUCGACAAGCCAUAAUAUCAGAUGAACUAUUACCAGCUAGACAUGAUGACUAUCACAUGAUGUUAAGAUUUUUGAAAGCAAGGAAGUUCGACAUUGAAAAAACUAAGCACAUGUGGGCUGAAAUGAUUCAAUGGAGGAAGGAAUUCGGGGCUGACUCCAUAAUGGAGGAUUUUGAGUUCAAAGAGUUGGAUGACGUCUUAAAUAACUAUCCCCAUGGCUAUCAUGGUGUGGAUAAGGAGGGAAGACCUAUUUACAUCGAAAGACUUGGAAAAGUUGAUCCCAACAAACUUAUGCAAGUGACAACCAUGGAUAGGUAUGUUAGGUACCAUGUGCAAGGGUUUGAAAAGACUUUCGCCGUGAAGUUCCCAGCUUGUACUAUUGCUGCAAAGCGACACAUUGAUUCAAGUACCACAAUUUUAGAUGUUCAAGGCGUGAGUUUAAAGAACUUUGGUAAGGCAGCACGGGAGCUCAUGUUGAGGUUGCAGAAGAUUGAUGGUGACAAUUACCCUGAGACACUCUAUCAGAUGUUUAUCAUCAAUGCUGGUCCUGGAUUUAGGAUGCUGUGGAGCACUGUGAAGUCUUUCCUUGAUCCCAAAACAACUUCUAAGAUUCAUGUCCUUGGAUACAAGUACCAAAGCAAGCUGCUUGAGAUAAUUGACACCAGUGAGUUGCCAGAAUUUCUGGGUGGCAGCUGUACUUGUGCAGAUCAGGGGGGUUGUCUUAGAUCUGACAAGGGUCCUUGGAAAGAUCCAAACAUAUUGAAGAUGGUUCUUAAUGGCGAAGCUCGAUAUUCUAGACAAAUAGUAACAGUUUCAAAUAGUGACGGGAAGAUCGUAGCGUACGCCAAGCCAGAUUACCCUGGGAUGAAAGGUGGCGAUAUAUCUACCGCUGAAUCUGGGUCUGAAGCGGAAGAUAUCAUCUCUCCGAAAUCAUCUAGAAAUUAUGCACAUCUUCGGUUAACUCCUGUUCGUGAAGAAGCCAAAAUUGCUGGGAAAUUGAACUACUCAGUCAGCCGCUCGGACAAUGAUGAUUACAUCCCCAUGGUUGACAAGCCCAUAGAUUCUGUGUGGAAGAAAGAGCUGGCCCAUCAAAUGUCUCUCACUUCUAAAGGGAAACUUCCUUGUCCUGAUACAAAAAAUACUCCAGAAGGGCUUUGUUCCACAAUAUCUGGCAUGCCUAUAUCCGUGUUAAUGACCCUGUUUGCUAUCUUCACCUCCAUAUAUUGUUGCAUAACAAAGAAACUUCCGAGCACAAUAUUUGAUAUUGGCAACGUAUCUCCUGAAACCAGACUACAGUCACCAUCCAAUGAGGAGCACUCAGCAGCAGCUCCAGGGUUCAUUAACGCAGAUCUCCUCUCUUCUGUGCUAAAGAAGUUGGGUGAUUUGGAGGAGAAGGUGUUCACACUUCAAGCAAAGCCAGCUGAGAUGCCAAGUGAGAAGGAAGAAUUGUUGAAUGCUGCUGUAUGCCGUGUAGACGCCUUAGAAGCAGAACUUAUCGCUACUAAGAAGGCUCUACAUGAAGCACUGAUGAAGCAAGAGGAACUGCUUGCUUAUAUCGACGAGCAAAAACAAGCAAAAUUGCGGAAAAAGACGUUUUUUUGGUGAAAGGGAGAUGCGACUGCGGAUUAGCUAACUUUGUUUUCUCUCAGUUUUAUGUAAUGUAUGAGAGAGCAAAUCAGUCUUGUUCUGAUCUUUUAUCAUGUAAGUUUCUAUUCCUUCGGGGAAUUCAAAAAACUCAAUACAGAAAUUAUAAGAACUAAUCUAAGUUAUUAUUACUCUCUUGCUCCCUGUGUAACUUGUUUUUGGUUUGAUUGGCUAAACCCAAAUAGGGUGAAAGUGUAAGAUAUUACAUGAACCUACAAGAAAA